ACCCGUCCAUGCUGUUGCGACCUUGUAGCGCUCGCUAGACCCCACAGGUGCACCCCUGCAGGUCAAUCAGUUGGGUUUUAACUAACUUUAUAAAGGCUAAAAAACAUUCGGUGCUAGUUCCUCAUGAGCUUUAUGUGGUUGUCAUCCAGAAUAUUAAUUCAUUUGAGAUGAUGAAAUAUUUUUCAAUUACAGUUUUAAUUAAUUUGUCUUCAAACAUCGAGUAAUAAAAAGAUGGACAUGACAACACCUGUGACAUUGUCUGAUGUGCGAUUGCUCGAUUUUAUGGCACAAAAGGCGAAAUUAUGCUAAAACUAUUGAUGUGAGAGAAUAUUUUAGAACAAAAAGACAUUAUUAAGAAAACAGGAAAAGGCUAGAAAUGAACAUUAAUAUUUAAAAUUCUUUCUGUUAUAAACUUUUCCUAGACUCUCAUCAUCCUGGCACUUUAUACAAUAACUUUAUUCUGACAUUUCCAAGAGUUAAGUGUGCUGAUUUACUAUUGUAAACAAAAGCACAUGUUCCUGACUUGUUGAUGGAAAGGUGUGAGAUUUUAUGCCAUUUCAGACAUUCUUCAGAAAUUUUAAAAGCAGACACUGUAGACAACACUUUAGAACUCGAAGUGUGAAUGACAGCACUUAUUUGAAUAUUCAUUCAUUCUUUCAUUGCGAAUGAACACACCAUCUGGAAGACAAAUAUUGUGAGCUGCAAUAGAUAACUUUACAACGAAAUAUACAAACUUACGACAUUGCCUUAUAAAUGACCAAAGACUGUUGACGUAAAACUUUUUCAUAAGAAAACUCGCCUUGCUAAAGCAAUAAUAAAAUACAAGUUUUAAACUUCAUCGAUAUACAUAAAAGGAUUUGAAGACAAAUUUUAAUAUCUUUUGAAACUGUGUAUAAACUUUUAUGGACAUUGGAAAUUUCGAGGACAUUUAAAUAAAAGGCCGUCCUCUGCAUCUUAAAGAGCAUGCCUCGGUCAUUCCUCGUGAAGAAAGUGAAGCAUCCCACUGACCAUGCCAACCGGUGGGCAUACCGGGAGCCUUCCAGUCCUUCUGAAGCGGAACCUGCACCACCCUGUCCACCCUCGCCACCAUCUCACCAGUGCCUGAGCGUCCGAUACACAAGUAGUUACAUCCAUGAUGUUCUGCCUCCUUCUAGUCUUCUGGGUUACGAUCGAGGUUGCGACAGAUUCUCAUUUGACAAUUCCAGGGAUGGCGUUUUUGACAAAGAGCUGGACCUCAGCAACCGAACCAGAGAACGAAGUCGAGAUCCGGACGUCAGCGACUCAUCCUCAUUUUGUAGUCGGGUGUCCGAGAGCAGCUUGAGCCCUGGACUUGUUGCACCUUCUGCACCGACGUCACCUGCAAUUCCUUCCACUGUAAGCAGAGUUAGUUCCAAUAGCCUGGAUCCACAAUUUCACGUGUUCACGAAUGGCGUUACUGUCAGUUAUACUUACGACGCCUUCUUCGUUUCCGAUGGCCGCUCCAGACGUCGAAAUGCUUUGGGACUUCCAGAACAGACAACGCGUGACAGACCCCGAUACACAUGCGGGGAAUGUGGCAAACACUACGCGACUUCCUCCAAUCUGUCCAGGCACAAACAGACCCAUCGAAGUCCCGACUCGCAGCAAGCCAAGAAAUGCGAAACCUGCGGCAAAGUGUAUGUUAGCAUGCCAGCACUAGCCAUGCACCUCCUCACACACAACCUCAGCCAUAAGUGCGCUGUCUGCGGAAAGGCCUUCUCCAGACCAUGGCUGCUCCAAGGACACAUGAGGUCACACACCGGUGAGAAACCAUUCGGAUGUGCCCACUGCGGGAAGGCCUUCGCAGACAGGUCAAAUCUACGGGCACACAUGCAAACACACUCGGCCUUCAAACACUAUGCUUGUGCGAGAUGCAACAAGUCCUUUGCCCUCAAGUCUUAUCUCAAUAAGCACUAUGAAUCCUCCUGCCUGAAAGAUCCAGUACUUGGAACUAUUCCCUUGAGCCCACCUCCACAGUCAAUGACGCCCGAUUCGAGAUUGUUGCUGAGAACUUAAAUAGCAGCAUCUGAUUCAUUUCUGAAGUUUAAUGCAGGGAGAUGCUACUGAUUUAUAGUUUAGACUAAAUUCAUUGUUGAAAAACUUCAGGAAAGAGUUCAUCACAGAAAAUAAUGCUCUUUGCCAAUGUUUCAAGAAAUAUCUGAUAAGAACGUAUUGCUGAGAACUUGCUGCUGUUGCUUGCAAAGAGCUCAAAGAAUAUCCAAUAAGAACUUAUUGUUGGAAAUGGGUCAAAGAACAUUUUGCAAGCACUUGUACAUGGAGACGAUGAUUCUUCUGAUUGGUUCAUAAACAUUUUGCAAGCAUUUGUCACUGGAAAUAGUGGUAACUGUCCAUGGUUUUAUAAAAGGUCUGUUAAGCAAUCAUUGGGAAUUAUGCA